GCUAAAAUAGAGUGAAAUUUACUGGUCGACAACUGACUGUAGGUAGAUUAAGUGUUGUCGGUUUUGCGGGUUUUGGAGAAUUGCUAAAAUUACAGAUCAUUUUCACAAAAUAAUUGCUGUUCGUACUUGAAAUCAAUAACACUGUUCAAGAGCCAUCAUUUAGGUAACUAGCCAACCUAUGCUAUGCGAUAUGAAAGCUGGAGUACUAUUAAUGUUGGAUUUAGAUGGAUAGAUAUGAAAUAUCUAAGAGCGGUUUUGGUCGGUUAAAUGUAAUUAUGGUUAUGUACAUACAUAAAUGUAUAAAUGUUUUCGUAUGUAUGUAAACUACUUAAUUUCUCGGUGAUUAUCGCAUGUAGAAGGACUAAUUUAUUAACGGCAUCUCCUAUUUAACGAAUUCCUACGGUUUCGUCAUUAACGAAAUAAUUAUCUUGCGUGUUCCAAUUCAGUCGCUAAAUAACUACUUCGUGUAUAUACAUAGGUAAAUUUAAAGCUCUUGCUAUACAAAAAUAAAAUGAUAACUUGAUCGUCACAUCAUGUAAUUUUGCAGAGGUCACUAUCCCUAUUCAUUAGAAUGUGAGUUGAUAAAAUUUAUUUUGCUUGAUUAAAAUUGAAAAGAAGAUAAACAACCCCUAAUCAAUUGUAUAUAGAGGGUUAGUUAUGAUCAAACUAAUGGGACUGAAGAUGAUUAAAGUUACAAGGUGAAACUUGUGGAAAUUUCUUCAGGUUUAUCAGCUGAAGAAUGAUCUUUUAGAGUUACCAGAGGUCACAAAUAAUUGGAUCGGGAUGACCUUUUAAUGUUCUGGUUAAAAUUUGCAGUAACCAAAACAAUAAUGUACAAUCAGAAGCAUUUAGAUGGUAAGUUUGUGGAAGACGUGGUUCUAGCGUUGUGGAUGAUUAGUUUCGUUAGGGAAUUUAAAGACUGACUCCAGAAAAUUAAGCUGCUUUUAAAGACAGUUCCGGUCUUAUCGAAAUUUCCGAUGCGGAAAUGUCAGACAGAGAGCGAACCGAAGCGAAGAAACAACAAGAGUAUUGGAUCCUCGAUGGGGGCAGUUUCCCGGAAGUUACGUAUUCGCCUUUCGAUAUUUUCUCUUGGGAAACCACCAACCCCGAAAAGCAAAGUCAAAGGGCAGAUUCUAACUCAGAAUCGUCACAUAGAUCAUGCAUCUGUAAUGGACCAACUUGCAUCUGCUGUGUCGAUUUCAACUUUCUCUACGUUGACUUGGGAGGACCAGGGUGUGUCCACAUGAAGUAUGUAUCCCAAGAGGAAGGUCUUGCCGUAAACGUGUCGUAUGGAGAAAAUCUAAUUCAAAGUGGCCAAAUAAGAGGACCAAACUCAAGCCAAAUAUGUAUGCCAAUAUUUUCAAACAUUGCAGAAAUUUGCGCGAACUUUUUCAAAGUGGAAUCAACCUCAGAUGGAUUAGAUGGUUGUGUGCAACUUGAACCAAAAGUCCUUGGAGAAUUUCAGACUCAAAUUAAUGUGGGAUGUUUUUCGGCAAAACCAAGUGGAAUGAAAUUUAACGCGACUUCUUUGCCCAUCACCGAAACCGCCACUCAAGGAAUCAUCAGUAACGCCACAAAUCCCAGUGAAGUCGAUGAAGAAAUAAGUGAAGAAGAACUACUUGUAGCAGUCAGUGAAAGUGCUCAGCAAGGACUUUCCUUUUUCAAUCAUCUUCUGAAUUUAGCAUUUGGAAACUCCAAUACAGCAAAUGCUACCCAAAGCGAACAAGACAACGUAUCCCCCAAGCCAACAUCCGUGGAAAAUUCAAAUUAAUGAUGUGAAAUAUCAAAAAUUACUAUUUAUUAUAUUUAUNUAAAUUAUUA